AUGCUACUUUGGAUCGGUGCCAUUCUCUGCUUUAUUGCAUACGGUAUUCAGAGAAGUGCUGAAGAUGAAGAUGUAAAGGAUAAUUUAUAUCUUGGUAUUGUUUUACUCGCUGUUGUUGUUAUUACUGGAUGUUUUUCAUAUUAUCAAGAAUCAAAAUCAUCGCGUAUUAUGGAUUCAUUUAAAAAUUUAGUUCCACAAACUGCACUUGUCAUACGAGAUGGUUUAAAAACUGAAGUACCAGCAGAAAGUAUAGUUGUUGGUGAUAUAGUUGAAGUGAAAUUUGGUGACCGUAUUCCAGCUGAUAUAAGAAUUAUUACUGCAAGUUCAUUUAAAGUAGAUAAUUCAGCAUUGACUGGUGAAUCAGAGCCUCAAUCACGUACAACAGAGUUCUCUAAUGAAAAUCCAUUAGAAACAAGAAAUUUAGCCUUUUUCUCAACUAACGCUGUUGAUGGUACAUGCCGUGGUAUUGUUAUCAGUACAGGUGAUCGUACUGUUAUGGGUCGUAUUGCAAAUUUAGCAUCUGGUUUAGAACUUGGCGAAACUCCAAUACAUAAAGAAAUAAAUCAUUUUAUUCAUUUAAUUACAGCUGUUGCAAUGGUUCUUGGUGUAACAUUCUUUAUUAUUGCUUUUAUAUUGGGUUAUCGUUGGCUUGAAGCUGUUAUCUUCUUAAUUGGUAUUAUUGUAGCUAAUGUUCCAGAAGGUCUAUUAGCCACGGUUACAGUAUGUUUAACAUUAACCGCUAAACGUAUGGCUAGUAAAAAUUGUUUAGUGAAAAAUUUAGAAGCUGUUGAAACACUUGGAUCAACAAGUACCAUUUGUUCAGAUAAAACUGGUACAUUAACACAAAAUCGUAUGACUGUAGCACAUAUGUGGUUUGACAAUAAAAUAUUUGAUGCUGAUACUACAGAGAAUCAAACAGGUGCACGUUUUAAUAAAAGUUCACCAACAUGGACAGCUUUAGCACGUAUUGCAAUGUUAUGUAAUCGUGCUGAAUUUAAAACUGGUGAAGAAAAUAAACCAGUUUUAAAACGUGAAUGUAAUGGUGAUGCUUCAGAGACAGCUAUAUUAAAAUGUACUGAAUUAUGUGUUGGUAAAGUUAUUGAAUAUAGAGCUAAAAAUCGUAAAAUUUUGGAAAUUCCAUUUAAUUCUACAAAUAAAUAUCAAUUGUCAAUUCAUGAAACUGACGACAAUGAUGAACGUUACUUGCUGGUUAUGAAAGGUGCACCUGAACGUAUUAUUGACCGUUGUAGUACUAUUCUACUUAAUGGUAAAGAAAAACCUCUAAAUGAUGAAAUGCGUGAACGAUUCAAUAAAUCCUACAUGAAAUUAGGUGGAAUGGGUGAACGAGUACUUGGAUUCUGUGAUUAUCGUCUACCAGCUAAAACUUAUCCAAAGAAUUUCAAAUUCAAUGAAGAAGAACCAAAUUUCCCAGUUAGUGGAUUACGUUUUGUUGGUCUAAUGUCUAUGAUCGAUCCACCUCGUGCGGCAGUACCAGACGCAGUAGCAAAAUGUCGAUCCGCCGGGAUUAAAGUGAUCAUGGUCACUGGUGAUCAUCCAAUCACAGCGAAAGCUAUUGCUAAAGGUGUGGGGAUAAUUUCGAAAGGUUCAAAAACUGUCGAGGAUAUUGCAGCUGAAAAAGGCAUACCUGUUGAACAAGUUAAUCCACGUGAAGCUGUUGCUUGUGUAGUACAUGGUUCUGAUUUACGUGAAAUGACUCCAGCACAAAUUGAUGAUAUAUUAGUUAAUCAUCCGGAAAUUAAGGUUGUCAACGUCAAGGAGCGAUUGUUUGCUGUAACUGGUGAUGGUGUAAAUGAUAGUCCAGCUUUAAAACAAGCUGAUAUUGGUGUUGCAAUGGGUAUAGCCGGUAGUGAUGUAAGUAAACAAGCAGCGGAUAUGAUUUUAUUAGAUGAUAAUUUUGCUUCAAUUGUUACAGGAGUUGAAGAAGGUCGUCUUAUAUUUGAUAAUUUGAAAAAAUCCAUUGCAUAUACAUUAACAUCGAAUAUACCAGAGAUUACACCAUUUCUAGUGUACAUUGGAUUUGGUUUACCAUUACCAUUAGGUACAAUUACAAUUCUAUGUAUUGAUUUAGGUACUGAUAUGAUUCCAGCAAUUUCAUUAGCUUAUGAAGAAGCUGAAUCAGAUAUUAUGAAACGUAUGCCACGUGAUCCAUUACAUGAUCGUUUAGUAAAUGAACGUUUAAUUGCUAUGGCUUAUGGUCAAAUUGGAAUGAUACAAGCACUUGGUGGUUUCUUUGUUUAUUUUGUUAUUAUGGCUGAAAAUGGUUUUUGGCCAAGUAGAUUAGUUGGUAUACGUAAAGAAUGGGAUUCACGAGCUGUAGAUGCAUUAAGUGAUUCAUAUGGUCAAGAAUGGACUUAUAAACAACGUAAACGUUUAGAGUCCACAUGUCAAACUGCAUUUUUUGCAUCAAUUGUCAUAGUACAAUGGGCUGAUUUAAUUAUUUGUAAAACACGUCGUAAUUCAGUAAUACAACAAGGAAUGUGGAAUAAAUAUUUAAAUUUUGCAUUAUUCUUUGAAACUGCAUUAGCAAUCUUCUUAUCCUAUUGUCCUGGUUUAGAUAAAGGUCUACGUAUGAUGCCUUUAAGAUAUACAUGGUGGCUUCCAGCAUUACCAUUUUCCAUAUUAAUUUUUGCUUAUGAUGAAACAAGAAAAUAUUUAAUUCGACGAUUUCCUGGUUCAUGGAUAGAAAAAGAAACUUAUUACUAG